GAAACUUGCUGCGAUGUUAUAGUACUUGGGCAGUGAUUAGUCGCUGACCGCUGAGGGUUAACAGAUCUCUGCUGCCUGAAGUGAUCAGCAGUGUUUAAUUCGUCUGAUGGUUUUCGAGUCGUCGUCUCGCUACUGCUGACUGAGGAAAAAUUCACUGGGACGGAUGAUGAUUGUGGUGGGAGACUGUGCGUUGGUACGGAUACUGUAACCGCUCUGCCUACUGCAAGACUUCGCCCCCUUGUCUCUGCUAGUGGAGACAAACCGUCGGUAGAACCAUUCUGGCAUGACUGAGUGUAUGACGUAUUGUUAUGAUUCUGUAUAACCUCACUAUUAUGCUGGGUUUGUAGAAGUGAUAUUAUACGGUUCAAACUUUUGUUUGAUUGUUGCAGUUCCCCAAUAAGUCUGUUCUGCAUUUUAACUUCACAUCUAGCUACCCUUAGGUCACCAUACUUAUUUAAACAAGAAAUAUUACGGCAUACCUCUUGUUCCGUCGAUAUGGAGUCGUGGAAAAUUUCGUCAUCUUGUUGCUCUUUCUCCAAAAAUUUCACUACUUCAUCACUCAUUGUUGAAAUCACAUUUUCAGGCCCAUAAUGCCUUGGUAGAAGUGUUACUGCAAAACAACAGGCUCGACCAUGUCAGCCGCGUUAUGGGAUACCACCCAUCCUACUUGGACCAAUUUAUAAAAAUUCAAAAUUUUAUUUUGAGAGGGGACGGACCAUUGCCAUUCGUCUAUAGGCACUAUAUUGCAAUUAUGGCGGCAGGGAGACAUAAGUGUAGUUAUUUAAUAAAUUUGCAAAAGCAAGAAUUCCUUCUUCAGGGAGGCAAUCCGGACUGGCUCAAUGGACUGGACCAUUUACCUAAGAAACUAAGAAAUCUAUAUGAAAUCAAUAAAUUGUUAGCACAUAGACCAUGGCUAUUAAAAACAUCUCAUUUAGAGGAACUGACGAGAGGAAAUCAAAACUGGUCGCUGGCAGAGGUGGUUCAUGCCAUAGUAAUUUUAACACAUUUCCAUUCGCUGUGUAGUUUUGUCUUCUCAUGUGGCGUGAACCAAGAACUGAACCAAAUAGACGAUAACACGACAGAUUUAGGAGAAACAACCAAUUUUACUGAUGAAACUAGUGAAUCGAAACAAGUUGACCCAAACGAGGGUGGACCUCCUUCGCCAACGGAACCCGAAGUUGCCAUAACGACUUUAGUACAACGUAUGAAGACUCUAUCUGAACAGACUGAAGAAUGCACACCAGUAGAAUUAGCGAAACGAUUUGAAAAUAUCGAAACCCAAUCUGCAGAAAUAGCUGUUGUUGGUAGUGAGCCCCAGGAAACGCCAGCUGACAUCGGUUGUUUCGUAGACGAUUCAACCUUUAUAUAUCAAGAUUUUGCUAAGAGAAGUGAUCCUCAUAGUACACCAAUAUUUAGAGUACAAGACUACUCGUGGGAUGACCAUGGAUACUCGUUAGUUAACAGAUAUUACAACGACGUGGGUAACCUCCUAGAUGACAAAUUCAGAACAGCUUACCAUUUGACAUACUACACCAUGGGUGGACGAACAGAGAUCGACACGUCUCGAUUCCGACGUGCAAUAUGGAAUUACAUCCAAUCGCUGUUUGGCAUCAGGCACGAUGACUAUGACUACGCAGAAGUUAAUGCUCUUUUAGAAAGAGCUUUGAAGGCGUUUAUUAAGAGUGCUGCUUGUUAUCCAGAAAGGGUGACUAAGAAAGAGUAUGACAAAGUUAUGAGAGAAUUCAAGCACAGUGAGAAGGUUUGUUAUGUUAUGAUUGCGAAGUUUAACGCAGGUCCAUGGGUUGACGUUUGAUGACUCUUCACUAAGCCAAGAACAUAGCACAAACUAACUUUUGGAAGCUGCAAUUUUGAUCACAACAAAGUUCACGUCAAUCUUAUGAUUCUAGAAUCAAGAAUGCAGGCGGAAUUAAUGUAUGCAUUACGAACGAUCAAUAAAUAUGUCAUGACGCAUUAAUACUAUAUAACCACUUAUAAAAACAAUCGUUUUUACCGUAUGUUUUAUUAUUUUACAAAAGGUCUAUCAAACAUGCACUUCUUGCUUUAUACGUAAAAUUGUCAAGGUAAAAUAGCCAUUUAUGUACACUGUAGCCACAAACAAACUGAAUUUGAUGUUAUUUUAUAUUUUUUACGUUGUUUUGGUGAUUUAAGGGUGUAUUCCAUAUUAUUUUGCUCAUUCUACAUAUUUUAAAUCUUUUCUUUACUGAUAACAUGUACGACAAAAAUAUUUUAAAUCUUGUGUGGCUUAACAUUUGAUUCUUAUCAAAAUCUCCUCUAAUUUUUCAUGAUUUGGGAUGUUUGUCUUCAAAUUAAAAAGAUGAUAUGCUUAAAAUUAUUUUGUUAAAUACAAAUAAUUUUGACUUUUAUACAUAAAGAACCCAUCGUAGGUAUUCUUAACUCAACAGAAUAACCUCAAGAACCAAAGAGAAAAUGUGAAGCUGUCUUAAGUAUUAUCCACAAUGCGUCUUCAAUCUACAAGAUCGAAAGAGAAUAAUUGAGGUCCUGUACUUAACGUGUACCAGCCAUAUAGGUAAACGUAUGUUAGAGCGAGACGCACUCAUGUUUCUGAAACUUGUACACCAUCCUGUGCGGCGAAGGUUACAUACUACGUCUCCCACCCAGCAUCGUUACCAUAUGUUAGUGUACUCCUUGAGCUGUACGAUUAUUGACAUUAUUUGUUGAAAUAAAUUGAAUGUUUUUUUCCAAGCCAAAUGUGAGAAACUGUGAUUGUACAUAUUUUUGGCGAUUAUGAUGUUUGUACUGCUGUUUUCAAAGAUUGAUGCAAAAAAGCAAUAAUAAGAUUAUCAAACUUAUAUGUAUUGAGUUUAGUCAUUCUUUGGAUGUACUAGUACACAUUUGUAUUAUGAUGAUGAAUUAUGAUAUGAAUUUCAAAAUAAUACGGCAUACAUCCUGUUACCUGUAUAUUCAGACCUUUUUUACAUCUGUUGUAUAACUCAUGUGCAAAACAGUCUCUAUAAGCAAGCAAGGUAUGAAAUUAACAGACAUUUUCGAGACUCAUUUUUCUGAUGUUGAUAUCAUAAAUCUAAUCUCAAUAAGUGUACAUUUAAAAUUGUUUUAUUUAUGGUUUUGAUAGGUAGGAAAACACGCGGAGUUUAUCAUAUUUAGAAGCUUUAGUAAACUAUCUGUAGGUUUUUGUUUUUUUAAUCUUCGUUUAGGUAUCACUCGUUCUUAAGCUCAAUAUACACAUAGUGAAUCGCUUACAGAACAUGCUCUAAAAUAACCUGUUUUUGUACGAAAUUUUGCUUAGCUUCGACUUAUGCGUCGCUUCCACUUAAGAAACAUACUUGACACUUGGCUCUGCAAAAAAGUUGUACUCUCACAUACAAUACGGUACCGUACAUCCAUGGUUCUCUGCCGAUCCUCGUAAUGACUAGGACUCGCAACCGGGCAUUCCCAAAUACUCGAGUUGGUCCAUUAUGAAUAUGAGGCACAUCUGAGCACUGUUCCAUUAUUUUAAAAUCAGAUAUAUGUCUUAAUUGUUUUAUAUUUUGCUUUAAUAUUGUUAAGUUGCACAUUUUUUAUUUCUUCUUUAAACAUUGUCUGAAGUCAAUCUCAAGCUCAAGCUGAGUUUAAAAAUGUUAGGGUAAACAUAUUCCCUAUAUUAAUUUUACUUAAUUACAUUAUUCAAAAUAUUGCCAUUAAGUGCUAGUAAAGUCUUAUCAGAUUGGAGGAACAAAAUGAAAGCGUUAAGCAUAAGUACCGAUAUUAUAGCGAGAAACUUAUUAGCGGUGACCAUCUUGUAAGGAGAAAUGAUUCAAUGCCUAGUGAUUAUUAAGUAUGAAUGAAUUUGAUCUCAGUAUAUGUAAUUCUUGGAUUACGAUGGUAGGCAAAACUUCACGAUUGCCACCACAACACUAAGGGUAACCCAAGAAGCACUGUACUAAAAAGUACUUCGAGUACCUUGAUUCGAUGUUACCGAUCACUAAUGUUGUCUUAAAUGUUGAAUGAAAGUAGCGCGUGUUACCUUUCAUGUAUGAUUAGUUGUUAAUAGGGAACGCUAAUAAUGACAAAAUCCCAUGCGAUUACUCAAUAAAGUUUACGUCAGCCUUUUUAUAGAAAAACAUUUGAAUCUAUGCAUUUAAAUGUCAAUGUGCCGGUUGUAGUAACAAAUGGAGUCUAAAAGUUCAAAUCGUCCAAAAGAUAUUAAUCGUCUAAGAAGAUAAUACCACUGCAACAUAGAUUAUUAUAUUAAUUAUACGAUGUGUUGUCAUUAAACCUACCUAUUUAAGUGCAUAGUGAAUCUGCUCGACAUUCACUAGUGUCAUACAACUACUUUCAGCAAGUACUGAUACAAAUUAAUUUAACUCUUAGUAGACCUGUAUUCAUAUCCGUUGAUUCAUUUGCUUCUAUUCCAUAGCUUUCAUAAUUACGUUAUGCAAAACAAUGCACUCAUAGCGGCUGCGUAGCUAGGAAGUACGGAUCAAUACGAAGUGCGCUUUUGCCAAUGAUCAACUGCUAUUUGUUACCGCGUUUUAGUACAGUAUAAUGCAACAAUGUCUGAAGAUUGUUGAGCACUCAUGGGGCCGCAUACAGGAUGUUCAAAAAGUUACCGACACCCCACCUGCCUUAAGAAUUAGGAAGUUUCCUAAGUUGGGUGCCGUAGCCGACCGUCCUCCUGCGUCGAAGUUCGGUCGGAAUUCACGCGACCGGACGACGCGACGGCCGUUGCAUAUCGUAUUCAUCCUCAUCGCUCAAGCUGACCAUUCACAAUAUAUUAUUUGUAUCUUGGCAGGUAUUAACAUUUAUAAUUAGCCCUCACGCGGGAUCGACACCACAGUGCAUGGAUUCAAAAGUCCUAAAAUAUUCACUAAAUAAAAAAAACAUACUUCGCUGAUAAGGAUUAUGAUACCCAUUUGUGAAAGACCAAAAUGGCGAUUUCAUAAGUGUAGAGGUAUUUCAAAACGUCGUGAGCCAUGACCGUUAGACGACAUGCGCGAUUUAAUAUCUGUGGAGAAGCGGGAGAAGUAGACGCGUCACAAUACAAGCAUUGCUAAAAACAUAACUGAUACUAGGUCUGCUAUAGGUCAGUCAAAUUAUUUCGGCAAUUUUUGUCACACUCCUAUUUAUUAAAUAAGUUGGUGUAGUGAUACAACAUAAAUUAAUUACAGAACGCCUAUACUUUAACGGAACAUUGAGAAUGAUAUUCGUUUAAUUUGAUUCCCUCACAAAACAUUAUUUCCCUACUAUUUAAGUGUUCAAUGACGUGCUUAGAGCUAAUAUAACUAGUUUAUAAUUGUUCCUCAUUAUAUGUGUUUCGCCGUCGUCGCGUCGGUGGCGUGGUACGGAAUCAUUAGCGUAGGUAGCUGGUACCUGACAAAUCAAUUAUGGAAGAAGUAAGACUGGGUUAUUCAGUAUGGGAAGGUGGUAAUCACCACUUUUCAAACCUGAUUUGAAGAGCAGUGAAAAACAUAUACAAUCUAGCAGCCCUAACUAUAAACAACCUUGUGCUGGUUCUUAUCCCUUUUAAGAAAAAAUAUUAUUAUAGAUCUGUGUAAAAUUAUCAUAUUGAAGUUCAUGUUUCUCUGAAAAGGUUCGCAAAUAAAAUGUAAAUAGAAGCGUGUGGUAAUAUGUUCCAAUCGAUCUAGGAGCAACAUUUGAUUAACAUACUUAAACACAUAAACGUUACAUCCCAGAUUAUCAAAGCUUAUGCAAGAAAAAGAACAAUACCAACUUCAAUACUAACGUUUCAUACAAUAAGUCAUCUACAAUCUCCGAAACUUUUACACAUAUUCAGUAUAGAAACAAUCUUCACAACCCUGGUCUACCAUAAAGGAAAUCCAACAUACAAAAUCGUAAUCUACACGCGCACGCCAAUGAGUACUGAUAAUUCUCUCUUGGCUGUUCAAAGCCGAGUGCCAGUGUGCCAGACAGUCUGCCUCGAAAAAGUAUUUAUUUGUGAUUAGGGUAAUAUUCUUCCCACCGCUCUAAUAUACAGGGUGACUUCGAAGUUGAGUCAUUUAUUUUAACAGUGAAUAGAUCUGAUCAAAAGAAAUGUUUUUUUCCUUUACCAUUUUUCUGGUAAAAUUAAAGUAACAAAGUUAUAGCCCUUUGGAAGUUUGAGU